UUAUCCAAGAAUUGAAAUCACCGCCAUUGAUGAUGAUUCAAGACUGAACAAAACAACCUUCGCGGUUCCAAAGCAUCAAUUCCGAUCCAAGCAAAAAAAAAAAAAAAAAUGAGCGACGACGCGAAUUCCAAGGCCCGAGGACUUGCCGCCGACCACCAGAGCCAGCAGUACUACGGCACCUUCCAAGGCGUCGCUAACUACCCCCCUCCGCAGCCACCGUCCGAGCCGGUAGUCGGUUUCCCUACGCCGGCCCCUCCUCUCGGCGCCUCCGGCCGGCCUCCUCUACCUCCCCAGCGCCACCAUCACCACCACCACCACCACCACCAGGGAUACCAAACCGUCACCGGUUAUGCUGUUGUUGAGGGAAGGCCUGUGAGGGAACGAAGGCUUCCGUGCUGUGGUCUUGGAAGCGGCUGGUUAUUGUUUAUAAUGGGGUUCUUUCUUGGUGGCAUCCCCUGGUAUAUUGGAACUUUUAUUUUACUUUGUGUGAGGGUGGACUACAGAGAAAAACCUGGAUAUGUUGCAUGCACAUUAGCAUCAAUUCUUGCUGUGCUAGCUAUCACUCUUGGCGUUACAAAGCGAACUCACAACUGGUGAGGAUAAUAUGGACAACAAGCUUGAUUCUCUGUUUGUACCUAGAAUAGAAGCAGUUGGAUGGCUAUUGUUAAAUUAUACAUAUUGGUUUUUCUGUUGCAAAUUCUUGACAGAGUGUUGGGUGUUUUGUAUCUAUAAAUAUGGUUUUCUGUUUCUCCAAACUUGAAAGCAACAUUCACAGUAUACUAACUUGGAUAGGAAAAUUAAUACAAAAGGAAGGGAAGGAAGCAAUGUAUAUAUAUGCAACAAUGUGGUGUUUCACAAAUUACUAAUCCGGACCAGAUUUGAAAUA